AUGACAAAUCAUCCAGCGGAAAAACUCAAAACCCUCAUAGAUUCAGGAGCCACGUCGAACUUCAUCUCUCCUUUGAUUGUGGAACAAUACAAAAUUCCAAAAACCCUACUCGAAAAUCCACGAGUAGUGAGAAUGUUAGAUGGUACCAUAUCUCAGACUGGUCGCAUUUGGCACCAGGUUCAACUCGCGGUCUCGGCCAAUGGCCACCCCCACACUAUCCCCUUCCUUGUUUGCCCCAUCGGCAACACACCGGCUAUUCUAGGUAUGACAUGGUUGACAACGGAGGCUCCUUUGAUCAAUUGGCAACAAGGACUAGUGACCUUCCCUGAGCAAGUCCAGAUUGCCUCCGAAGAAGAAGCAGACUCAGAUCCUCUAGCGGACCUCCCCCCUCAGUACCACGAGUUUGCUAGAGUCUUUGGCGAAGAAGAAUUCAAGGUCCUCCCUCCACAUAGGGAGUAUGACAUCGCCAUAGACCUAGUCCCAGACGCCAAACUAACUCCCGGUCCCAUAUACGGCAUGACGGAUGCGGAAUCUAAGGCAUUGAAACAACACAUCGACAAGGAAUUAGCAACGGGCAAGAUCCGCCCCAGCACCUCAUCCGCCGGCGCUCCAGUCAUGUUUGUAAAAAAGGCAGAUGGUUCACUAAGACUAGUGGUUGACUACAGGAAGCUAAAUGACGUCACGCACAAGAAUGUUUACCCACUUCCUAGGCAAGACGACUUAAUGGCAAAGCUCAGGCAUGCAAAGAUGUUCACCAAGCUAGACCUACGCUGGGGUUACAACAACGUCAGGAUCAAGGAAGGAGAUGAAUGGAAAACGGCAUUUAGGACUAAAUACGGGCUAUUUGAAUACCUGGUAAUGCCUUUUGGCCUCACCAACGCCCCAGCCGCCUUCCAACAUUUCAUGAACAACCUGUUCCGGGACCUCAUUGACGUCACAGUAGUGAUCUAUUUGGAUGACAUACUGAUCUUCUCCAAAGACCCCAAGGAUCACCCAACCCAUGUCAGGGAAGUCCUAUCACGGUUGAUGAAGAAUCAGUUGUUCUGUAAGCUCUCCAAGUGUCACUUCCAUGUCACCACGGUGGAUUACUUGGGCAUAGUCAUUUCCCCAAACGGCUUUUCCAUGGACCAGAAGAAAGUUGAGGCAGUCACGUCAUGGCCAACCCCCAAAACGGUUAAACAAGUCCAAGCCUUCCUAGGAUUUGUCAACUACCUCCGCCGCUUUAUCCCCGAUUUCAGUUCAGUAGCUCGCCCUCUGCACAAUCUUACCAGAAAGGAAACCCCAUGGUCCUGGGGUAACCAAGAAGAGCAGGCAUUCCAAGAACUGAAAUCCCUGGUUACAAAGUCCCCGGUUCUGAUUCAUUCCAACCCAGAACUCCCUUACUACCUAGAGACAGACGCAUCAGGAGUAGCCAUGGGGGCAAUCCUUAGUCAGCGAGGUCCAGACAACAGACUACAUCCAAUCGCCUAUAUGUCAAAAUCGUUCUCCGGAGCAGAAGCUAAUUAUGACACCCACGAUAAAGAACUUCUGGCUAUCAUCAAGGCAUUGGAGGAGUGGAGGAUUUUCCUAGAAGCAACGGAUAAACCAAUCCAGGUACACGCGCGAUGGCGCAUCUUCCUGAGCGACUUUAAUUUUGAAAUCCAUUAUCGCCCAGGAAAGCAAUCGGGAAAGCCAGACGCCCUAUCUAGACGGUCGGACUAUAUUGAUGCACCCCAGGAACCAGAAAUCAUGCUACCAGCCAAAGUCUUUGCCAAUGUUUCAGAGGAAGAAAUGGACAUCAUUGCAGAGAUCCGCACCAAGUUAAGGGACGACCCAUCAUUAGAACCAAUUAUUCAGUUCCUAACAGAAGAUGCGGACAAUGCACCUCCCUCUAUCCGGAAAGCUUACAGGGACUAUGAUUGGGAAGAGGACCUACUCUGGUACCGAGGAAAACUAGUAGUCCCAGACUCGGAACCACUGAAGGAAAAACUGUUAAGGGAAUUCCACGAUUCCCCACUGGCAGGCCAUCCAGGGCAACAAAGGACGCUUGAACUUCUCAGCAGAAGCUACUGGUGGCCUGGAAUGAAAUCCUCAGCAAAGGAAUGGGUCGAAUGCUGUCCAACGUGCCAAGCCAAUAGACGAGCCCAUGCACCGGCUAUUGCCCUCAAACCCUUAGAAGUUCCCCCUUUUCCAUUUCAUACUAUCUCCUAUGACUUCAUCACCGGCUUCCCCAAGUCGCAAGGACACAACGCAAUCUUGGUAGUGAUAGACUCGUUCUCCAAAUUUGGUCACUUCAUCCCGACAUCAAAGAAGGUCACCGCAAGGGGUCUAGCAGAUCUAUUUGUUAGCCAUGUUUGGAAGCUGCACGGAUUACCGGUUAAAACCGUCUCAGAUCGCGGAACCACGUUCACGGGAAAAUUCUUAAGGGCACUAUACCAACGACUUGGGGUUAAACCAGCCUUCUCAUCGGCCUACCACCCGGAAUCUGAUGGCCAAACAGAGAGGGUUAAUCAAUUCAUCGAAUUCUACCUCAGGUCGUAUGUUGCAGCGGAUCACUCGGACUGGGCCACAUGGUUACCACUGGCGGAGUAUGCUUACAACAACGCAAAACACUCCGCCACAGGGAAAACCCCCUUCGAGUUGGUUUAUGGAAGAAACCCUGUGAUGAACCCAUCAAACGUCCCGGCAAACGUUCCAGAGGCAGAUCUUGUGGCCGACACAUUGGCCAGGGAAUGGCAGGAGGCAGAGUCAGCACUCAAAAUGACAAAAGAGCGUAUGACAAGCACAAAAGGGGUAGUACCGCAAUACUCUGUAGGCGAAAAGGUCUGGUUGGAUGGAAAAAACGUAGAACUAAGGACCAACUCCAACAAACUGGAUCCCAAGCGAUUAGGACCAUUUGAAAUCACAGAGAAGAUCUCUAGUCACGCUUACCGCCUGAACCUGCCAGAAACCCUCAAAAUCCAUGAUGUGUUCUACGUGGGAUUACUGUCAAAAGUCCAUGAAUCCCCGACCCAGCCAUUUCCUAAUCGCCCCCCUCCUGAAACAAUAGAAGGGGAGGAAGAGUAUGAAGUUGAGCAGAUCAUCGACUCCAAGAGACAACGAGGGAAGUGGUUCUACUUGAUAAAAUGGAAGGGCUAUGGACCAGAAGAUAACUCGUGGGAACCGGAAGAACUCCUGGAGCACAGCCAAGAGGAAAUCCAACGCUUCAACAAGUCACGACUGAAAAAGGCUCGUGACUCCGCCAAGAGCCUUUAA